AUGGCCACUGAUGGCGACGCCUCCGGGGCUCCCGGAAGCCAAGCGGAACAGUCCAUGGUAGAGCCCAUGAUCGUCAGGGUCAUAGAAUUGGCAGGUCAUCACAAGCAGGACAACAAGGAAUUACUGGUUUAUUUUGCGGAUGGUCUCAAGGAGAUUGCUUUGACGGUGAUGAGUGCGGAUGGGGAGAAGCCUGGGAAUCCAAUGCUGAGCCUGGCAAGACAAUAUUAUCAGCAGGCUACUACACUUGGGGGCAUCUUGAAUUGCGAUCGGUAUUUCAGCGACCUUCCGCAAAGUCAUAAUCUGUCCUCUCAUACCAAUUGCAAAGCCCAGUGCAAGACGACAAUCGAGCAAAGGUGGAUCUUGCUUUGGAGCGAGGCCUUGCAUAACUGCCCAGGCCCGGACUUAUUUGAACCGCACUUGAGUCCGCUAUUCAGCAGCUUUGACUUCGGACUAGACAAGAUGCCGCGAUAUCUGUUUCGGACCUAUGAUCGGAAAAGCUUCGGACGCAGCGACGAGGACGUGAUGGUAUCGCCGGCGAGUAAAGAUGGACUGCUCAACAGCAAACUCGAUAUCUUCAGUCUCAAUAAAGACCUUGCGAUGUCCAUCGUUGACAGGCAUAUGAACCCCUGGUUCGUGAAAGACUACUGGAGACAGCCGCCGGAUAAUUUUAUGUCCUGGACUUCGUCUCUGCUAUAUGCCGUUCAGUACGCCCUGUACCGGCGCUAUCACCACGGCUGCACCUCAGAGGAGAUCAAGAUCUGUGUCGUUGAUACGACUGCGUUCCAAAAGGGUCAGUUUAUCCACGCGAAGCGGCUGCUGAAGGCAUAUUAUGAUCGGGUGAAACGGGUUGAUAUGCGGCAAAGCUUUAGCACUCGCCUUCUUGUUUACAUUUACCAAAAUGGAGAGUUCCUAUCGCAAGGCGCGCUUUCUCAUCGAGGGAAAUCCUGUGUGAUGUCCCUGGCAGGGUUGGAAAAGUCGGGCUUGUAUUCACUGUAUCCGGAGCUGGCGAUUCUAGAAGGCCAGUCCAAAUGGGCUGUUACAACAGCACACCUUCGCAAGCUAUGGACGGAGCAACAUGUUUCGACCUACGAAGAGCUCGAGACAGCGCUUCUGUUGGCAAGGGCGUGUUUUGUGGGCUUUGAUGUCUUGGAUCUAGCCAUUAUGAUCUUGUCUUUCAGGAGGCGCAAAUUUAAGCAUGCCACAUAUGCAAGGAGUGAGAAGUCUUCUCAAGGGUCUGAGAGAGACAUACCUGAUUGGGGGCGUAAGCCACAGGAGGUUCGGCAAUACCUGGCUGCCUUGGACGUACUCGAGCCAAUGCCACAGGAGUCCAAGGAGUCAACAGUGAAAACAUGCCGAGAAACGGACAGACCUACCCUACAGGUACUCCUAAAAUGUUUCUUAGUUACGUCUUAA